CUUGGGAAAUAUCCUCCACGCCAAAUUCAUUCUACACAUCUCCAUAACGACAUUCACUAAUCAUGACCGAUGCACAGCCCGUGGUUGGCAUCCUCUCCAUCGGCGAGAUGGGCCUCGGCAUCGCUAACCUGCUCAUCAGCCAUGGCUACCGCGUCGUAACCUAUGCAGAAGAUCGAAGUAAAGCCACAAAGGAUCGCGCCCAGUCAAUCAACAUCGAGCUCCUCCCCUCAAUCAAAGACUUAGUCUCCCUCUCUACCGUCAUUCUCUCCAUAGUACCACCAAAAGAUGCCCUCUCAACCGCACAGCGCGUGCAUGAGCAAACACCCAAUACAAGAGAUAAACCAGUCUACUAUCUAGACCUCAACGCCACAGCACCAUCUCUCGCAACACACACCAACGACCUUCUCAGCCCCAACAAGAACAUAGUCUACCUAGACGGUGGAAUCAUCGGCGGCCCGCCCCGCAAAGCAUCCACGGACACUGAAACAACCUGGACAGCACCAUCCCUCGUUGUCUCCGGCCCAACACAGAUCCCAUACCCGGAUCUCGCGAACAUACUGAAUAUAGACCACGUGUCACCGCGGAUCGGCGCCGCGUCAGGUGUGAAGCUUUGCUUCGCCAGUACAACAAAGGGGUUCUUCGCGCUCGCGAUUCAGUCCUAUGUCACGGCGGAAUCAAUGGGUGUGUUCCCCGAACUGAGGAAGUACAUGGGGAAGCAUAACCCGCAGACGCUGGAGAUUGCGGAUACGGGCGUUGUCGGGAUGCCGCCAAAGGCGUAUCGGUGGGUCAAUGAAAUGCAGCAGAUUGGGGAGAUGAUGGAGCGAGAAGGUGGGUUUGGGAAGGGACUGUUUGAGAGCGUUGCAGAAGUGUAUAGGGUUGUUGCGGAGGAUACGGCACUUGGGCUGGAGAAGACUGGAAGAAGGGAGAGGGGGACAAGCGUGGAAGAUGUGGUGGCUGUGAUGAGGGAGGGCAUGGAGGGUACGAAGAAGAAGUCGGAGUGAUGGGUAUGCUGUAAUAGGCACAAGGGG